GGGCGGGGAAAGAUGUCCGAGCGGAGAAGAGGAGGAGGCAGGGGAGAGGCGGCAGAGGCGGCGGCGGGAGCGGAGAUGCCCGCGAAGAAGCAGAAGCUGAGCAGCGACGAGAACAGCAACCCCGGGGACCUGUCUGGCGACGAGAAUGAUGAUGCUGUUAGCAUAGAGAGUGGUACGAACACAGAACGCCCUGACACUCCAACGAACACCCCCAAUGCUCCAGGGAGAAAAAGCUGGGGCAAAGGAAAAUGGAAGUCAAAGAAAUGCAAAUAUUCCUUCAAAUGUGUAAAUAGUCUCAAGGAGGAUCACAGCCAGCCAUUGUUCGGGGUGCAGUUUAACUGGCACAGCAAGGAGGGUGAUCCCCUGGUGUUUGCCACUGUUGGUAGCAACCGAGUUACCUUAUAUGAGUGCCAUUCACAAGGAGAAAUACGGUUAUUACAAUCCUAUGUAGAUGCUGAUGCUGAUGAAAACUUUUAUACUUGUGCAUGGACCUAUGACAGCAACACCAGCCAUCCGCUCCUGGCUGUGGCUGGAUCACGGGGCAUCAUUAGGAUAAUUAAUCCAAUUACAAUGCAGUGCAUAAAGCAUUACGUGGGCCAUGGUAAUGCCAUCAAUGAACUGAAAUUUCAUCCCAGAGAUCCCAAUCUCCUCCUGUCAGUAAGCAAAGAUCACGCACUGAGACUAUGGAACAUUCAGACAGACACUUUGGUUGCAAUAUUUGGCGGAGUAGAAGGACACAGAGAUGAAGUUUUAAGUGCAGAUUAUGACCUGCUUGGUGAGAAAAUCAUGUCCUGCGGCAUGGAUCACUCCUUGAAACUUUGGCGGAUCAAUUCAAAGCGAAUGAUGAAUGCGAUCAAGGAGUCAUAUGAAUAUAAUCCCAAUAAAACUAACAGGCCAUUCGUUUCUCAAAAAAUUCACUUUCCUGACUUUUCUACAAGGGACAUUCACAGAAAUUAUGUGGAUUGUGUGCGAUGGCUAGGCGAUCUGAUACUUUCCAAGUCCUGUGAAAAUGCCAUUGUAUGCUGGAAACCUGGCAAAAUGGAAGAUGAUAUAGAUAAAAUUAAGCCCAGUGAGUCUAACGUGACUAUUUUAGGGCGAUUUGAUUACAGUCAGUGCGACAUUUGGUAUAUGAGAUUUUCAAUGGAUUUCUGGCAAAAGAUGUUGGCGCUGGGCAAUCAAGUCGGCAAACUCUACGUCUGGGACUUGGAAAUAGAAGAUCCUCAUAAGGCCAAGUGUACAACCCUGACACAUCCGAAGUGCACUGCUGCUAUUCGACAGACCAGCUUUAGCAGGGACAGUAGCAUCCUCAUAGCUGUCUGUGACGACGCCAGUAUCUGGCGCUGGGAUAGGCUCCGAUAAGUUAUUUCUAGCGGAGAAUUAUGCUACUGCUUUUUGUGUCAAGAAAAUUAGCUAACCUGCUAGUCCUGUAACUGCUUUCAGAGUAGUCUGCCCCGCUCCUGUGAUCAGCCUUGUUUACAUUUUGGUUUGGUGACAUUGUCCUGUUUGGAAACUGUACUGUUUAAUAAAAAUAUUUUUGUAAAUUUG